AUUUCAGAUGAUUCAUCAGUUAAACUAUGAUUAACUAAGGUAAUUUCCGAAUCGGUAUAAUCGAAACUGCUUUUGCGAACAGUUCCUCUUUAGUAAUUCCCUUUUCUUCGAAUCUGAGAGGUCGAUGACAGAGCAAUCUCACAGAAGAAAUGUCAACUUCUUUAGUCAAAAUCACAAAUGGUUGCGGUGUGUUUACAAUUUGAUAGUAUGUGAUAAAUAGUGUAAAAUUUCGAGGAUAUUAAUUGGAUAUAUAUAAAAUAAUUGCAAAUUCGGUACGUCAUGCCGUCGGCCCGCCUCACCCUCCGCGAGGAGGACGUCGUUCGGCUGGCUCUGGAAUUCCUCCACAACCGCGAGCUGCACAUCUCCCAGCUCAGCCUCGAACGGGAGACGGGCGUGAUCAACGGCAACUACUCCGACGACGUGCUCUUCCUGCGCCAACUCAUCCUCGACGGCCAGUGGGACGACGUACUGGAAUUCAUCCAGCCGCUGGAGGCGCUCAAAGCUUUCGACAUGCGCAGGUUCAGCUACGCCAUCCUCAAGCACAAGUACAUAGAGCUGCUGUGCAUCAAGUCAGAAGCUAAUGUACAAGGCAGUAGCGUGGACAACGCGGUGGAGGAAGUAGUGAAGGUGCUGAACGAACUAGAAAAAUACUCCCCCUCCAAGGAGGACUACUCGACGAUGUGCCUCCUGCUGACCCUACCGCGUCUCUCCGACCACCUCCAAUACAAAGACUGGAACCCGAGCAACGCGCGCGUCCAGUGUUUCCGCGAAGUGUACCCCCUCGUCGCCGAGUUCCUUCCGGGCGACCGGAAGUCCGCGGACGCGAACGCCAACACGUGCGCCAAGAACGACCGUCUCAUCCAGCUCAUCAUCAAGGGCAUCCUGUACGAGUCAUGCGUGAACUACUGCCAGGCUAAGGCCACGGGCAGCCCGGAGACGCAGUCGCAGGAGAUGAGCUUCAGCAGGCUGCUGGACGGUAGCGUGGGAUUCAGUGAUUCCGACUUGAGUUUGCUGUCGUGGCUGCAGAGCGUGCCGCCAGAGACGUUUUCGGUGCCGUUCGAGCAGCGCACGCUCAACGUUGACGUGGAGAGACUCGAGAGGCCCUCGUUGGAGACCUCGUGGACUGAGCACAUGUUAGUCACUCCCAUCAAGCCAAAGACCUUCCCCCACUCGGCGAUGCCGUUCACGCGGCCCCGUUCCGCAGCCGACAUCAUGACCCGCUCGCUGAUGCCGGUGUUGGACGGGUUGCCGUACGGCCUGGCGCACGGCGGCACCGCCGGAGCUGCCGCCAUCAACGGCAACCCCCGCCUGAUGGCGCUCAGCACGGGCGACAUCAGCCUCAACGGGCCCAUGUCCAGGAGUAGCUUCGCCAGCUUCCACCUCACAGGUAUUAAGAACAACAAACUGAUGAACACAUCGGUGGACAGGUUGUUCGAAAACGAAGGCGAGGUGUUCCUGAGCAACAGCUAUGCCGAGUUCCAACAGCUGCCUUCCAUCCAGGAACAGACCAGCACCCCCAAGAUCCACUCGAACACCCUACCCACCAUACACACGAAGAGUCCCGAGAGGAAGGUCUCGAACGCCUCAACCCCAGAGCACAGGGGCAGGGAGAGCCCUGCUUCGAUGGGAACGGCAAGGUCUUCUAGAAGGGAUUCCCUCAACGAGAGACCCACCGCAACACAAAGCAUCGUCCUCACGACACCCGCGGAAAGUAUUCCCAAUCUGGAUCACAGUUUUUCCGGGGAGUUGGUGAAGGAAUUCCAAAAGACUAAGCAGAAGCUGCAGGAGGCGCUGGCGUUGAGAGAAAGGGAGAGAGAGGAACUGAUUAAGCAGAUUAACAACGAGAAUAGCAAAUAUGUGGAAGAAUGUAAACAAAACGUGAACAAGCCAGUUAAUGGUAGCACCGUUCCCAGUAGGAAUACGUCUUCACCGCGACCCAAUGUUAAUGGCAAUGGCGACGUCUAUAGAGGACCGUCGAGGACCAACGAGCCUGACCCCAGAGGACUCCAGGAGGGGCACUACGAUGCGGUCAAGACCACCCCAAGAAACGCUAACGACGUAGACAACGGCGAGGGUAGUGGAAACCGCCCCAAAUUCGUCGCCGUCACGUCCCUGGAGGAUGUCCAAGCAGUCAGAUGCGCCGAAUUUCACCCAGGCGGACAACUUUACGCCGUGGGUUCCAAUUCCAAGACGCUCAGAAUAUGCGCAUACCCAAAACUCACCGACCUCAGGGAAGACCAUCAGACCUACCAGCCCAUGGUCCUCUUCAAGAGGACGAAGCACCACAAGGGCUCCAUCUACUGCCUCGCCUGGUCGCCAGUAGGCGACCUUAUGGCCACCGGUUCGAACGACAAGACGGUUAAACUGAUGAGAUUCAACUCCGACACGUCGAACCUGGAGGGCGAAGAGAUAGAGCUCACCAUGCACGACGGCACGAUCAGGGACCUGUGCUUCCUCGAGGAUACCACGAACAAAUCCAGCCUUCUGAUCAGCGGUGGCGCUGGCGAUUGUAAGAUAUACGUCACGGACUGCGCCACCGGGACCCCCUUCCAAGCUCUCAGCGGGCACACAGGUCACAUUUUGUCGUUGUACACCUGGGGAGGUGCAAUGUUCGUCAGCGGCUCCCACGACAAGACCGUCCGCUUCUGGGACCUGAGGACGAGAGGCUGCGUGAAUAUGGUUACUCCAGUAACUGUCCCCGGCACCAGGCAGGGCUCCCCCGUGGCCAGCCUCUGCGUAGACCCCUCGGGCAGACUCCUGGUCUCCGGACACGAGGACAGCUCCUGCGUCUUGUACGACAUAAGGGGUGGGAGGAACGUGCAAUGCUUCAAGCCACAUUCCGCCGACGUGAGGUCCAUCAGGUUCUCGCCAUCGGCGUAUUAUUUGCUCUCGGCGGGAUACGACAAUAAAUUGGUACUUACCGAUUUGCAAGGUGACUUGACCCUGCCACUGCCGAGCGUGGUGGUGGCUCAGCACCAGGACAAGGUAAUCUCGGGACGUUGGCACCCCUCGGAGUUCUCCUUCCUGUCCACCUCGGCCGACAAAACCGCAACCCUCUGGGCCCUGCCGCCAAUCUAACCCUUUCCGAUUAAAAUCAAUUUGUUAAUCAAUAAGUCUGAACUAACCAAUACUCAUUUUUAAAUAAAAAAUAUUUACGUUGCACAUGAGUAAUGUUUAGAGGUACUUUACGUUCUACCUUUAUUAAAAACAAAAAAAAAACGGCGGGGGUCCGCGAGAGGGUCUCUAGGCUUGGAACUCAUCGUUAGCUCUCGUAACGACUAGAAUCUCUGCACAAGACGUCUCUUGAAAAAAUUUUACGAGUCUGUUUGUCUCUUUUGCCUUGUUAGCGUUAUUUAUGAAUUACAUUAUUAAAAUUUACUAUUAUACUGUAAUGUAAUAACUGUAUAUAUACCCUAAACUUAUUUUUGAAGCUUUUGUAUAAAAAUUAAACUAUUAAUGUACGCGUUAUUUAUGUUAUGUCAGUGUUAUGAAAAGUGACUAUAAUAUACGAUGAGAUAAUUAUGUUGUACUUUAAAUCUGUUAAGUUACGUGACUUUUUAAUAAUUUCACAAUAAAUUAUAGAAUGGAA